UUUUUUACCGGCGAAGGUCAGUUGACAGAAUUUGCUGAAAGGCAGUAAUAAUGGCUACUAAAUACACAGUUGUUCUAGUGAGGCAUGGUGAAAGCGAAUAUAACAAGGAAAACAGGUUUUGUGGAUGGUUCGAUGCAGAUCUUUCAGAGUUAGGUGUCCAGGAAGCAAAGAAUGCUGGAAAGAUGCUUAAAGAGAAGAACUACACAUUUGAUAUAGCUUACACAAGUGUGUUGAAACGUGCACUAAAGACCUUGUUUUUCGUACAAGAUGAACUUGACAUGCACUGGAUACCAGUUGUGCGACACUGGAGACUGAAUGAACGCCAUUACGGUGGACUUCAAGGUCUGAACAAGUCUGAAACUGCUGCCAAACACGGAGAAGCCCAAGUCAAGGUCUGGAGACGAUCGUAUGACACACGUCCACCAGCACUAGAAGCAGGUGAUGCUAGAUCUGCUACAAAUGAGGCAAAAUAUGCACAAUAUGACAAGGCCGUUGUACCAAUGUGUGAAUGUUUGAAGGAUACUGUAGCUAGAGUACUUCCAUACUGGCAUGACAUCAUUGUUCCAACAAUCAAGUCUGGACAAAAGGUACUGAUUUCAGCCCAUGGAAACAGUCUGAGAGCUUUGAUCAAGUAUUUAGAUAAUGUGUCUGAUGAUGAAAUUACUGAACUUAAUGUACCAACAGGUAUUCCACUAGUAUAUGAAUUAAACGAAGAUAUGAAGCCAGUGAAACAUUACUACCUAGCCGACGAGGCUGCCGUCAAGGCCGCCAUGGAUAAAGUCGCUAACCAGGGAAAAGCCAAGUAAAAACGCUGCCAUGCCAGGAAAACUGUGAAGAAUAGGAACCUUUGUAUUUGAACGUUCAUUUAAUGUAAUUGUUCGAAUAUGACUUUUACGUAGUAAAUAUAAUAAAUGUAUGUGCAAAAUACAGAACGUGCAGAACAUUUGUGGUGCACAUGUUAUACAUGUAGUACAUAAACGAGUCCUUCAAUGAUACAAGUUUUAAUUGCAAAUUUUUAAUUAUCACAUUUGCUACACAAUGAAGGAAUUCUUCAUAGUAGUAAAUUGUACAAUCUCCACGAUUUUUGAGAACUGUGUCUUUGGAUAAUAUAGAGAAAUUUCUUACUUAACGAGAUCUGAUGUGUUGUGUCAUAAUAUGUGCUGUAUUUAGAUAGUAAUGAUUCCUGAUGAGAAAACACAUCAAAUGUUAGGUGAUUUUAAUUGCACAUGCUGUAUAAUAUGUAACUGUUUAUUUAUUACAAGUAUUUUUUUCUUUUCUUGCUUUUAAGUGCUAUAUUUACAAAUUUGUGUUAUUGUUAUCCUUACCUUUUGAGAAAUAGAAAAAAAUAAAGAAUACUCACAAUU